CCUGAUUUCACAAGAAACAGAUAAAUGAUCGGCUGCUUGUGGGGAGCUCAGGUGCAGGGGCCAGGAUUCCGUCUUGUUUCCCCCCCUUCUGCCAGCAGCUUGUGCUUUCGGAGCAUCGAGGUUCUGUUAAAGUUGUCAUGUAUAACGUACAAGAUUGAAUUCCCUUCCUUUCCUGAAAAUCCGGUUGGGCACACCCAAUAACUACAGGAACCCUCGAAUGCUGGGUAUCUCCUAGAAUACACAACAAACAAUGGCUGAUGAAGUUGACUUCACCACUGGAGAUGCCGGUGCUUCUGCCACCUACCCCAUGCAAUGUUCUGCACUUCGCAAGAAUGGAUUUGUGGUGCUCAAGGGACGUCCCUGCAAGAUUGUGGAAAUGUCAACUUCAAAAACUGGCAAGCAUGGUCAUGCCAAGGUUCAUCUAGUUGGUAUUGAUGUUUUCACUGGCAAAAAAUAUGAAGAUAUAUGUCCUUCCACUCACAACAUGGAUGUUCCAAAUAUCAAGAGGAAUGACUAUCAACUAAUCUGUAUUCAGGAUGGUUACCUCUCUUUGCUGACAGAAAGUGGUGAAGUUCGUGAGGAUCUGAAGGUGCCAGAAGGUGAACUAGGCAAAGAAAUUGAAGGGAAAUAUAAUGCAGGCGAGGAUUUCCAGGUGUCGGUCAUGUGUGCAAUGAGUGAAGAAUGUGCUGUAGCCAUAAAACCUUGCAAAUAGGACCGCCAGGAUGGGAGCAGUCGCUCAGGUCCCAGCAGCUGCAGACCUUAUAUUUUAGUUCUGAUAAUCACCAAAGCUAUAACCUUCACUAGCAACCUCGUGUCUUUGUUUGAAAAUAGUGCUGACCAAUGUUGCAAGCCAUUUGGCAAUAUUAAAAUUGCUGAAGUUCCAAGUGCUUACAGGAAUGGCAAGGCAGUCAAAGCUGUCAUUUUAGAUCAUGAGGUAUUAAACUAGUUUGCUUUUCUCAAAGGAGACUUUGUGUAGCAGUGCCAAUACCAAGGUAGUUCUAAGUUUGGAUUUAAGGAAGUGUUCAAGUACAACUUUUUAAAAACAGAAUGGAAAUAACCAUUUUUACCUUAAAUAUGGUGAGUUGUGGCUUGCACUGAAAUGUGAAUAGUAGUUGAGGUAGAGACAAGGGAACUCGUGAUCAAAAUGCCAGUGCUGAAGGCCAUGUACUGUAUCUCUGUAGUCUUGCUGGUUCACUCUUAACACAAGUCACCGUUUGCCUGUGAUGCAAACAUCCAGAAGAUUGGGUGCUUUCAUAUUCUGGUUAAUAGUGCACAAAA